AUGUCAGCUGAAGCAGCAGCAGUUAACAACAACAAUCAAAAUAUCCAUCUUGAUGACAGCAGAAGUGAUCUGGAAGCAAAGUUCAAUAAUGCUUCUCACUAUCAACAGCAACAACCCAUCCCUAUUUAUGCUGCCCCUACUAUUGCUAAUCCUGGUCCUUUGGGUUUGAGUUCAUUUGCUUUGACCACUUUUGUCUUAUCCCUUCAUAAUGCUGGUGCUGGCGUGCCUGCUGAUGGACCUAACAAUGUGGUUGUCGGUCUUGGCAUCUUCUAUGGUGGACUUAUUCAAUUGUUGGCCGGUAUGUGGGAGUUCCGUACUGGCAAUACUUUUGGUGCCACUGCUUUCUCUAGUUAUGGCGGCUUCUGGUUGUCGUUUGCUAGUAUCUUCAUCCCUGGCUUCAACAUUUUGGGAUCUUAUCCUGAGACUGCCGUAUUGAAGCAAUCAUUAGGUAUCUACCUCUUAUCCUGGGCUAUUUUCACUGGUAUCAUGUUGAUCGCAUCUCACCGCUCAAGUGUGGGUCUUGUCAGCAUGUUCUUCUGUCUCUUCAUCACCUUUGUCUUGUUGUCAGCUGCCGAGUUCAACCAUAGUCUGACCACCCAAGUUGCUGGUGGUGCAUUUGGUGUUGUCACAGCUGUCAUUGCAUGGUAUAAUGCCUUGUCAGGUCUCUUGACCAAGGAUUCAUCCUUCUUCCUUUUACCUACUGGCCGUCUCAAUUAG